UCACCCUGCCAGAGGGCAGGGCCCGCUGCCUCCAGGAUGGCGAGAUGGCUGCCUCGCUCCACCGACCUGACCCGCUUCUGCCAGAAACUCAACCGGCUGAAGACCUUGGAGGAUGACAUGAUGGAGACAUCCUUCAACAGAUGCCUUUCCACCAUCGACUUGACGCUGCUGGGUAUCGGGGGCAUGGUGGGCUCCGGGCUGUACGUCCUCACAGGCACCGUGGCCAAGGAGAUCGCUGGCCCCGCCGUCAUCGUCUCCUUCAUCAUUGCUGGCUUUGCCUCACUCCUGGCUGCUCUCUGCUAUGCCGAGUUUGGAGCCCGGGUACCCAAGACAGGCUCUGCGUACAUGUUCACCUACGUGUCCGUGGGUGAGAUCUGGGCCUUCCUCAUCGGCUGGAACGUGCUGCUGGAGUACAUGAUUGGGGGAGCCGCGGUGGCCAGGGCCUGGAGCGGCUACCUGGACUCCAUCUUCAACCACAAGAUAAAGAACUUCACCGAGACCCACGUGGGCACCUGGCAGGUGCCGUUCCUGGCCCGCUACCCCGACUUUCUGGCGGCCGCCAUCCUGCUGGUAGCCACCGCCUUCAUCUCCUUCGGGGCCAAAGUGUCCUCCUGGCUCAACCACGUCUUCUCGGCCAUCAGCAUGGGUGUCAUCCUCUUCAUUCUCAUCAUGGGCUUCAUCCUCGCGCAGCCCAAGAACUGGAGUGCCCAGGAGGGUGGCUUCGCCCCGUACGGGCUGUCGGGCAUCAUGGCCGGCACAGCCACCUGCUUCUACGCCUUCGUGGGCUUCGACGUCAUCGCGGCCUCCAGCGAAGAGGCCAGGAACCCGCAGAGAGCUGUCCCCAGGGCCAUCGCUUUCUCCUUGGGACUGGCCACCGGGGCCUACAUCCUAGUGUCGGUGGUGCUGACGCUGAUGGUGCCCUGGCACACGCUGGACCCCGACUCUGCCCUGGCAGAUGCGUUUUACAGGAGGGGCUAUGCCUGGGCAGGGUUCCUGGUGGCCGCUGGCUCCAUCUGUGCAAUGAACACGGUCCUGUUGAGCAACCUCUUCUCCCUGCCACGCAUCGUCUACGCCAUGGCUGAGGACGGGCUCUUCUUUCGGGUCUUCUCCCGAGUGCAUCCGCGCACGCAGGUGCCCGUCGUCGGCAUCGUGGUCUUCGGGGUGCUCAUGGCCCUGCUGGCCCUCGUCUUCGACCUGGAGGCCCUGGUGCAGUUCCUGUCCAUCGGCACGCUGCUGGCCUACACCUUCGUGGCUGCUAGCAUCAUCGUCCUGCGCUUCCAGCAGCAGAAGGUGGAUGUCCCCGCGCCGGCAGCCGGUGGCCGGCCCAGCCCCGAGCCCCACGAGGGUCCGUCUGCCGGCGAGCUGAAGGAGUACGAGUCGUUCUCCGACAAGCUCCAGCUGGUGGACAGGGACAAGAGCAAAGAGCAGCGGGAGCCAGGGCAGCUGAAGGCAGCUUUUGAGCCCUACCUGGAGUUCCUCAGUGACUUCUACCCGGGCGAGGUGGUCACAGUGGCCGUGGUGACCCUGAUGGUGUCCGCCAUCUGCCUCUGCUCCAUCCUGGUGUUCGGCAACACCCACCUCCACCUGCCCACCUGGAGCUACUCCCUGCUGCUGGUCCUUUUCAGCCUGGGCUUCCUGCUCAGCCUCCUCCUCAUCUGGGCGCACGAGCAGCAGCGUGGCACGCAGACCUUCCAGAUCCCCCUGGUACCCCUCUCCCCAGCACUGAGCAUCGUCCUCAAUAUCUAUCUGAUGCUGAAGCUCAGCUACAUGACAUGGCUCCGCUUCGCCGUCUGGCUGCUCUUAGGCCUGCUCGUGUACUUCGGUUACGGCAUCUGGCACAGCAAGGAGAACCUGCGGGAGCCCAAGCCGCAGCGCGUCAGCGCCCGCUACGUGGUGUUCCCCAGCGGCAGCCUGGAGGAGAGGGUGCAGGCGGUGCAGCCCAGCUCCCAGCCCGCCGCUGGGCUGCCGGACACCGACACCGACGACUGCAAGAGAUGACACCCCAGGGGACGGGGGCGCCUGGCUAUGGGAGCAUCUGACCCCCUCCCCACAGCGAGGCCAGAGACCCCCCCCUCCUCCUCCUGGUCCCUUUGACAGCGGAGCCACUGGGGCUGCCCUGGGCGUGUGGCUCCAUCUGGAGAUGACGAAGAUGCUCGCCCUUCCCCACCCGCUCCCCACAGAGCGUGGGGGGGUCUGGCUGCCUCCCUCCCCAUCCCCAGCACUCAGGAACUGGGUCUCAGCCCCCUCAGCCCAGUGCCUGCCCUGCUCACGAGGAGCCGCGUCCUUGCCACCUUCCCCCAAGUGCACCCAGGCGCUGUGCAGCAAAAUCUCCUUUCCGCUGGCCUCUCUGCGCAGCCAGGGAUGCAGAGGGAUGCAGAGGGUCCUCAGGGACCAGGGCAGGCAGCCCAACACUGCACGUCCUGGGUCUCAUCCCGGCUGCAGCGUGGGCUCUUGCUGCAGCCCUGCGGAGCCCCCCCCUGCCUCUUGCUGAGCCCGCCUGCAGAAGGAGGCAGGGGCCAAAUGCGCUUCCCCACCAGCAGCCCUGCCGUCCCCAUCCCCAGGGCCACUCUCCUAAAAGACUGGGGCUGAGGAGGCUGAGGAGCAGCUGGGGACAUGAGAUGGACGAGGGACAUGGCCAGAGCGAGUGGCUGGGCAGGGACCCCGGGAAAGGCAGUGCCGGCUGGCACGGCAGAAGCCCAACUGCAUCUUCGCAGCCACUGCCAUCGGCUGUUUCAGGGUGGGCUGGGGGCCGUGCCCGGCUGGAAGCCCGCCUGUAAGCUUAUGCCAGGGCCAGGCUCUUGCCCCAGCCCUGAGCUGGGUGUGGGCGUUUGGGACCCCAGAUUUGUUGCCUUGUCCCCGGAGCUCCCCAGCGGCAUCCCUGGGCUGGGCUGCCUGGAGCCGGCUCCCCCCUUCCCCUGCACCCCAGCAGCGCAGCCUGCACUGCCACCUG